GUCUGUCGUCUGUCGUAUUCACAUUAUUUCACUAUGCAGGACGAUCGGAAUAAUAUUAUGUGGAAGAUGCAAGAGAAUACAAUAACAAUGUUUGCGGCAGAAAUUGUGGGUACGGGUAUCCUUUUAUUCAUCGGUUGUAUGGGUUGUAUCGGUACCAUGGGACCAGCACCACCUUCACCAUUACAAAUGGCACUGACUUUCGGUUUGACGGUGAAUCUCAUAAUUAUGAUGCUAGGUCAUAUAAGUGGAGCUCAUCUUAAUCCAGCUGUUACCAUCGGUGCCGUUAUCGUGGGUGUGAAAUCGAUUCCAACCGGGGCAGUUUACAUCCUGGGCCAAUUUAUUGGUGCCACCGUGGGAUAUGGACUUUUAAAAAUGGUAACGCCAGCGGAAUUAUUUAACGAUGGAAACGCGAAUUCGACUACGGGUCUUUGCGUCACGGUGGUCCAUCCGGAGAUCAACAGUAUUCAAGCUAUAUUAAUCGAAGUGUUUUGCACGAGCUGUAUACUUUGCGCGGCUUGCGCUACGUGGGAUCCUCGAUGCGCUCAUACUACAGAUUCAACCGCCCUUAGAUUCGGUCUCUCAGUCGCUGCUAUUUCCUUUGCUGCGAGCCCUUAUACCGGAUGCAGCAUGAAUCCAGCACGAACGUUCGGUCCUGCAUUAUGGAAUAAUGCUUGGAAAGACCAAUGGAUUUAUUGGCUUGGUCCUAUCUUGGGAGCUUUACUUGGAACGUAUGCUUAUCAAAUGUUAUUCGCAGAAAAAACAAAAAGAAUCUAUUUGUUUUGUUGAUGAAAAAUUGUUUAAUGUUUUGUCACAAUCGAAUAAUUCAUACCAUAUAAGUAAAGUUCAAGUUUAACAAUUUUAAUUUUAUAUUCUGUAUAAAUUAAAAUAUAUAUAAUUAAUAUUUUUAAUCAGUUUUAUGUAUAUUUAUGUUUUAUGUUAUUUAUAUUACAUAAUACACAAUUACAUGAUAGAUAAAUAUACAUCUAUUAUGAAUCACAUACAUUUUCUUUAAAUUAUCAUCUAUUGGUCAGGUUUCUUUAAAGUAACUUUAAGCUUUAGUAGAUGGCGGAUGUAACAUGAUAUAACGAUAUAAAACACGACAAACAAUACGAUAACAAUCUUCCUUUUCAUUGAAAUA